AACACACACACACCCUGGGUGGUGGCGUAGCCUCUAGGACUGUCUGAGCUAGUCUGUGUCCACGCCUGUAUCUGUUCAAACACCUGUCAGCUUGUCACACAGCUAGUCACACUCCCUCUCUCUCCGUUCACACACAGACCUAGCAAUCCUUUACCUAUACUUUUGUCCCUCACCUGCUCUCACUACCUGUGUGGGAUUCUCUACAGUUUGGGAGACCGUCUGUCCCUCACCUGCUCUCACUACCUGUGUGGGAUUCUCUACAGUUUGGGAGACCGUAUGUGGAUACAGUAUCCAGUGAAAGGAGCCAGCGGAGGAAUCAUAGGAACCAGAUUACAAACGACCCGACUAUGUCAAAAGAGGGGGACAGAGCAUCAGUGUUGAAGACCUCUAAGGUUCGGACCAAGCUGAAGGGAGAUGCCAGCUGGAUGCAGAGACUCAGUGAACCUCAGUCUGAAACAGAGGAGGAGAAACCAUGGAUGGCAGAAGUUAAAGUGAAUCGACUGAAUGGAGCCCCUAUAGACACCAGUCCAAUAGCCUCUCCCACAUCCAAGACCCCUCCCUCCCCCAACAGACCUGCAGAAGAUGGAGCAACAUCUCCAGGAUGCCUCAUCAGAGGGGUUUUUACCGAGACAGACACCAAGCCUGCUGCCAACUCAUCAACAUCCAAUGGCUUCAGAGCUCCUCACACAGUGCGUCCCACCUCAAACCUCCCAGUUCAAACUGAGGACCAGCUUUCUCCAGAGGAGAAGGAGAAAUGGGAGGAAGCAGCCAUGAACGUGCUCAAGACCUCUUCAGUUCGACAACGCUCCUAUGUCCUCUCAGCCGCCAAUAAAUAUGAUUGUACUGACAAACCACCAGAAACCUCCCUGACCACAGAUGUUACAUCUUUUGUGGCUAAAAGGGUGGUGAUCACAGACAAUGAUGACUCUGUCUUCACCGAGACUCCCUCUGUCCCCAAAGAACCAGCUGCACUAUCUGUGAAAGACGUCUCUCCUGUUUCUGUGAAAGACGUCUCUCCUGUAUCUGUGAAAGACGUCUCUCCUGUUUCUGUGAAAGACGUCUCUCCUGUUUCUGUGAAAGACGUCCCUCCUGUUUCUGUGAAAGACGUCCCUUCUGUAUCUGUGAAAGACGUCUCUCCUGUUUCUGUGAAAGACGUCCCUUCUGUAUCUGUGAAAGACGUCUCUCCUGUUUCUGUGAAAGACGUCUCUCCUGUAUCUGUGAAAGACGUCCCUUCUGUAUCUGUGAAAGACGUCCCUUCUGUAUCUGUGGAGGACAUCCAUGUAUGUGCGAAAGACGUCCUCCUGCCAACCCCUGUCAUAGUUGACACCCCAGCAGUGAUUGACCCUUAUGAGGGCAUGAAGCCAGGGCUUACCAAAGUGGCCACUGAGCUGUCCCCAGAGAGUAGUGUCCUGUUGAAAGUAGUCUCCCCAGUGUCCCCUGUCCCAUACAAACCAGUGAAGACAGAUCCUGCCCCAGUGGACACACUGACAGCCCUGUCUGACACACUCAUCUCCUUCGACACAGGUUCAUCCAGCUCCAGAGUCCCUGACCCAGUAUGGACGGAGACAGCAGAGCCAGAGGACAGAGUGCAUGGUGAUCCAAUCCCUCAGCUCAUGGUUGAUGAUCUCCUCUCUCUCACUAACAGUCUAGAAGAGGAGUUGGUAAUGCCGAUCCCUCCCAGCCCAGGAUCUAGGAGUCAGGAGCUUCUCAGUGGAUCAGACAGGUCAACUGACGGUGAUUCACCGUGGGAUAGAUGGAGUUCACCAACUGUCUAUAAAGAUAAGGAGGACAGAGACCCAGAGCCUUCAAUGGACCGUUCUAGCUCCUACUCCAGGACCUUGGACAGUUCUGCCAACCAGAGACCCAAGGCACCAGACACCGAGUCCAAGAAGUGUUUUGUGUACCUGAAGGAGUAUGUGGACGUUACAGAUCUAACCAAGCACAACACUAGAGACAACGAUCCUGACUAUGUAACGUCUAGUUCUACCAGCCAUUCCUACAGUAGCCCCUCCUCUUACACCAGGUCUACCAUGACGUCUGCCUGUACGUACUGUGGAGAGCAGGUGGGCAACGAUGCCAAGAUCACCAUCGAGCACCUCAACAUCUCCUGCCACCCAGCCUGCUUCAAGUGUGGUGUUUGCAGUAAGCCAAUGGGAGACUUUCUGUACAACAUGUUCCUGCACAAAGGGAAAGUCCACUGUGAGAGCUGCUAUGCCAACGUCUUGUAGGAUGCUUCCUUUCCUUGUCGCCUCGUCUCUUUUCCUUCAUGGCCACUGAGAGGUGACAAGACUGGAUGGUUGAUAUAACUGCUCUUUCCCAUCAAGACCUGUCGUCUGCUAACAGACACAGGGACACUGCACCUUGAGUUUGACAUGAAUUUCCAUGUGUGAGAUUUUGUUUUCAUACCUUUGUAUGGAUCUGAAUUUCAUGAGGUUAACACUGGAAUUCUAUGGCAGUUACUCCAUGGUUUAAAGAUAAUAAUAUGAUAAAAUUACUGAUAUUGUCUUCCGUCCAUUUGAAUUACCACUUUUUUUUGUCUUUUUUUCUCCUUAAAGGCCCAGUGCAGUCAAAAAACGUGAUUUCCUAUGUUUUACAUAUACUGUAUUUCCAUGCUAUGAGGUCGGAAUAAUACUACGGAAUUGGGGAAAUUAUGAUAAUUCUCUUUAAGUGUGUGUUGGGAAAAUUAUGAUUAAAUGACUGAACAAAUCAUUUUAAAUGGAACUGUAACUAAGUAAAACUUAUACUCUGUUUUAUUAUAUCUGAUUAACAAUAUGAGUUCAUAAGAAGUGAUUGUGAGACACGGACAAGGAGUAAUUAAAGUUAAUGAACACCAUUCCAACUAGGAAGAAACUAAUGGGUUGUGGAUUACAAAUUCUCAUAAAAUAGAUUAAGGGUUUUCAAUUAAUGAAAACACAUUGGCAUCAUUAAUUUACAGUAACAGUGUGUAAGCUCUGUUUGAAGAAAAAAAAACGCCAGAAAUGUCGUGCUUGUUUUAGUGGGAGGAGUUUUGCCCAGAUUGGCGGUAUCACCAGGUGGUAUACGAAUAACAACACGUUUUCAUCAAACAUAUCCUUCCCAUUAGGCUCGUCCAGUUAGAACUCUCACUCAGGCCUACCAAAAUUGUUUUUUCGAGAAAUUGCUCUUUGCUUAGAAGCUAUUUUUGUUUCUUUUUGACAAUUUUAGCGAGGUAAUUAAUUACCCAGAAAUUGUUUGAUAUUGAGGUAAAAACGGCUGCAUUGACCCUUUAAUGGCGUAACUUUGUGAAUUUAUUGUGAAAUAUGAAGGAACUGUAUAUAAAAGUCUCUAGAUAUUAUUAUGUAAUGACAUGAUUUAACUGGGAACUGGCUAUGUAGAUUAGUAGUUGGGUACAAUUUCCUAAUUUCAGGCUUGACUAUGCAAAGUAAAUAAUUAUAUAUAUUUUUCAAAUGUUAAUUUUUAAUUGUCUAAUGCCUUUUCUUCACAAUAAACAAUCAAAACAGAUUCAUAUAAACAUGA